AUGUUCAGGUGGCAAUAUCUCGUUGUAUCUUUAUUAGCUGCUUGUUUGGGUACAUUUGUUAUUGUAAACACCACCCGGUUCUCCUGGAAUCAUAUAGACCAAAAUGACGAGGAAACCAUAUUCGCCCCAUUCACCUGUCGUAAGGGUUCUUCCAAAUGGAGAAACUACAUUACGAAUCAGCCUAUAAAUCUCGGAAACACUCAUCCUAAACUCUAUUACCCGAGAAACUGUCCCCAUUUCCAACAGCAUCUAAAAUCUUGUGCAAAACCAGUUCCUUCCUUUAUAUUUGCUGGUAGUGAGUUCGCUGGUGCAUCCUAUGUGUUUCGAAUGCUCAAGAAGCAUCCUCAAGUGGCGGAGGCAUCGGUAGAUAACAGUGUUCCUCACAACCAUGUAUUUGUUAAAGACGAGUUUGAUGACGCAAAUGCAUUUGAUUCUUAUAUUUCUCAAUUCCCUUUUUUAAAAGAUGACAUGCUGGCCACUAUGGAAGAAAAAAUGAACUGGAUUGUAGGUGAAAACGCACCACACUACUUGUAUCAUAGUCACUUGGCAGCAAAAAGAAUUAAAGAUACGUUACCCCAUGUCAAGCUAGUAUUUUUUUUACGAGAACCCAUCGCCAGAGCUUAUUCGCAAUAUUUAUAUGAAAAAUCAGAAGUAAAUAACUCCAAGUUGACAUUUGAAGCCUUAAUCGAUUUGGAAUUGCCCAUAUUACGUCGUUGUGGACAUACAAGCACACAAACAGGAUGGGAGGGAUUCGUAACAUGUCAUCAAGGCAGUGAAAUUCGAGCUUCGUGGAAAGUUUCAAAUGACACACAUGCGUUUAAUUCACUAGCAAAAGGGAUGUAUUAUCCAGCACUUGUUCCCUUUUUACAACAGUUCCCAUCUUCGCAGCUAUUUAUUAUACGAACUGAAGAUAUUUUGCUAAACCCCUCCGGUUCAUUUCAACAACUAGCAAAGUUUUUGGACAUUGAUCCAACAUUCUUUGCUGAAAGAAACUUUUAUCAAGAUGAGCAUCUAACCGAAGCUGAAUUAAUAUCAACACCACCAGAGAAUGCAAUCGGCAAAGAUGAUAUAAAAAACGAAAAUCAUCGAUCCAAUGUUUUUAUUCAGACAUCAAGGCCGCCACGUCUACAGGUUAAUAACGAUCAUCGAGACAAUCAUCUAUUUUUCUCUUCAAAUAAUGAUGAGCCCAAAUUAUCCACUCGAUAUAGACUUCAACGAGUAUUUAGAGAUUUGAACUAUAGGCUUUUAGAAAUAUUUGAUAAUAGCAAGACAUAUUUUAAUGGUUGGAUUUAUGAUGUGGAUCGCGGAUAA